AUGGAUAGAAGACGUCGUUCGCUCGAUAGAGAUCAAGAGCCUCUGCUUGAUAGCGAUGCAGUCGAGCUUGACAAUCGCUUCGCCAUCGAUGAUAGUCUAGCUGAGGAACAACCCGCUGCCGACGCAUCUUCACCCAAGUACCCACCCCUGCCACCUUCAUAUGACGAUACAAUUCGCGUAGAUGCACGCUCUCGGUCCAAAUGGAACCCUGCGGAAUGGCUCACACUAUCGCGUACCACCAAGGAACACAUCCAGGCUUGCUUACCGCGCACUAGCUCGGGCGAUCUUCUGACAUGGAACACUGCUUUCUCCGGCUGCUUCAGAGGUGCGAUGCGCUGCUGGCCUUCGAAUCGUUUUGCACAGGCGAGCUUUUUCAUCAUAGCUCUCUGGAUCCUUGUCCUCUUCACCGGCCCUUCGCUCACACAGACUGGCUCAGACAACAUCGGUGCUGGAUUGCAUCAGGACUGGGAUUACUCUCACAUCCCAACAACAAAGCCAGCACCGCUUCACGAGGAUGGUCUUAUAGUUCAACAGGCCAAAUGGCAAUGGCACAAUUGCGCUUCGAUCAAAGGCACGAAUAGAGUCCAGUGCAUGGAAACAUCAAGCUUCCUCCUGAAUCCCAACAAGGCCAAGGAUAGCUUCGCAUCCACAGAGUCCAUCUUUGUCGACGUCGAUCCGCUCCGAGAUGACCGACCACAACCAGCCGGCAGUGUUCCCGGUAGCAUCACUGUUGUUCACCAGACUGCCCAUGUCUCAGCAGCCGAAAAGGACCUCCUUAAGGUCGAGGUGACUGCUCGCUACGACGAAGCAUAUAAGAAUCUCUUUGAGACUAGCUUGGUCGCCAAAAUGAAGCGCGGUCUCUACGACGAAGGUCUUGAAAUCUUAACGUAUGCUAAGGCAGUAGCAGCCGAUCAAAGCCCACUCAUCUACGACGUCAAGCUCAUCCUUCCACCGCACAUCAACAUUCCAACGCUUUCCAUCGAUGCCGGAGCCUCUAAUAUUGACCUCUUCCAGUCUGACCCUGAUGGGAAGAGACGACUUGCAUCGCGAGGCUUGAAUCGAGGCGACGCUGCGCCAGCAAGGCCAGACUUCUACUUUGGCAAGCUACAUGCACGAACGCAAGUAGGCAAGUUGCAUUCCUCCUCCAUUCGUGCCAUUGCCGACAUUCAUCUGACUACCGUCAACGGCAAGCUUCAUGUCGGUGGAUCCUUCGAAGCUCAAUCUGUAGAGCUCAAGUCUGUUAAUGGUCACCUUGACAUUGAUCAAGAUUCCAAACUUGAAGCCGCUUACGACCUCAGCCUACAGACUCAAAAUGGUCACAUCCGUGUUGGGCAGCACACCAACUUGCGCGCCACCACCUUGCGGUCGGAGUCGCUGAACGGAGGCAUCAUUGCCGAAGGCGCCGUCUUCAAUGUCAACCAUACCCUCUCAUUACGUUCCUCGACCGGAAGGAUCGAAGCAGCCAUCAAAAUCGAGAAACCAGAUCUCCAGAGGCUUGAUGCUCCUGGUCUCGGCAAGACUGAGCUGGUAAAAGUAGAGGCGCAGUCUCAGACUGGCUCGAUCCAGCUGGACUUCCUUGAGCAUCAACGAGAGGUGCCCCUUGGUUGUAUUGCUACAUCUGAAGUCGCUUCGGUUUCGGUCUCAUUACACCCAGAGUAUCAAGGUGAAUGGGAGAUUCGAGGAGCUACCCACUCGCGCUACCGUGGCAACGGCACCAAGGACGGCAUCAAGACUGACCGAGGUGUUCACCGCUUUGCCAUUGAUGAGGACAGCUUUGGCUGGAUCAACCGCUUGACUAGAGGUCGCACCUGGUGGGAGUCAGACAACAAAGCCGGCCUCAUCCCCAAGGGCGCUGUCGUUUCGGUCGGCACGCAGGUCGGGCUAGCCAUUCUCACUUUCAAGUAG